AUGGACUCAGUACCCAGCUCGCGCCCCGCCAGCCCCAGGACACGCUCGCCCUCGCUCUCUGACGAUUCGCUGCGGCUCACGGCGGCCUCACCCGACGAUGAACAACAUGCCGCACCGCCGCGGGAGCACCACGAGAGCGGGCGCAUGAGCCGCGCGGGGACACUGGCAACCAAAAGCUGCGCCAGCCCGCCUGAUGCGACGGACAAGGCCAAGAGCCCGCUGCGGCUGCUGGACCUGCCCGUGGACAUCCUCAAGGAAAUUAUACAUCAGCUCCCCCACACAAACGACCUCACUUCGCUCUCGCUCUGCCACUCGGCCCUCCACCGCCUGACUGUCCCGUGCAUAUACUCUCGCUUUGACAUUGUGUGGCCCGAUGAAAGCACCCACACAGAACCGCGGUCGGGCGUCGAUGCCCUUACGUACGGCCUCGCGACGCUGGUCAUGGGCGACGACUGCUUCCCCCACCAGAAUCGACUGCGGCACCAUGGCGGCGUCCCUGGCAGUGCCAACAAACGUGCGACACCAUACCCCAUUACACGACGUCGAUUCGGCAACUACUACGCCCAGUUCACCAAGAAGUUCUCCCUGGGCAACGGCCCCGCAGCCUGGGUUCAAGAGUACAUGAUCACAAAGGAAGGCGGGAAGAUGCUAGGAACACUCGUGGCCCUCGCCAUAGCUCGCAUGGUCAAUCUCGAAACCUUUGUCUGGGACAUGCCAACCGGUGUGCUUCGUGACGUGUGGCUCGCACUUUCCAGCCUGGCCGAUCGCACUGAUGGGGAGGACUGUCGCCUUGAACGCCUGUGGAUACGAUGGCAUGACAACAGCGUUGACGCGCCGGUCCCCCCACCUGCGCCACCGAUGAUACUCAGCAAUGUGAACGUACCUCCGCCGCCGAAUCCGGGACAUCCUAGUGGAGCUGCCGCUAUCCAACCGUCACUCGUAGUCCCCCAGCAUUUCCACUCACAAGUCACUCCUGCGAUAGAACGGGUGGAGCAUCCCACGUUUUCUGUAAUUCCUCCGCUGAAGAGCCUCAGUGUCCUGGAUAUUGAUGAACUGCCGUAUCUGGAUGAGAUGAGCAUUCUCAUUGCUCGGUCUCAGAACAAGCUCCGGGAACUCAGGAUCGGCAUUGCACCGCAAGCGCAACAGCGAGACUGGGUCACUGCUUGGGAGGGGGAUGGCAUUCAGCAGGUAGACUACGAUGCUUCUUGGACUGGCGCGAGUGCGAUAGGAGAAAAGAGAUUAGGUGGUGUACUGGGCAUCCUCGUUGGCAGGGUCCAUAACCUGCGACACUCGGAGGAGCAACACGUUCAACACCUCAAGAGCGCCGCAACUAGUGGUCGGCCACUAGGGUUGCCAGUCAAGUUCGGAGUCACUGGUGCAACACCUGUUCCAGUGGCUCCGUUACCGGAUCGGGAGCUCGACAAUACCACGGAUCACUUUGGACACCCUCUAGAACCAUUGGUGUCCGAAGGCGUUAGCCUCGUGGAAGAGAUGCAGUCGCUCAACAUACACCCACCUGUGGAUCCAUGGGAUGAUCCCUACGCGCUGGAUCUCAAGAUCGGGAAGCCCCGUGCAUACUCAGCAUCAAGUAACGAAAAUGGCAGCGGUAAAGAAGAAGAACAGCUGACGGGGAAACUGAAGUUGGAGGUGUUAGAAUUGGAGAGGGUACCAAUAUCAGUCCCAGUCCUCUUGAAAGCAUUCGACUGGUCGAUGCUGACGACUCUAACCUUGCUCAACUGCAGUAACCACGAGCAGUUGUGGAAAUCUCUCCGGAGAAAUUACACCCCUCGCUCACCAUAUCCCAACGGCUCGCCAUCUUCCUCGAAAGCCUACAAAGCCUCGUACACACUCCGAACUGAGUACAGCUUAAACCUCAAGAAAAUACACACAAACACCGUAUCCCCUUCGUUAAUAUCAUUCCUCAAAGAGACGCUCGCUCCCAACAGCCUAGAAGUCCUAUUCCUACAGGAAGGUCGCUCAUACCAGUCUUCUGUCACCGUAGACGCCAUCUAUCGUGGUCCCUUACGACGGCAUCGAGCCAGUUUGAAGAAGCUGAUGAUCGAUAGUAGUGAGAAGGGUCAAGACGGCCAUGCGACAGGCAGUUCCCGCUGGCGCCGCUGGAUGCUAAACCACAAUAUUCUAACCUUCAUUACCAGCGGUAAGAUGAACAGCCUGCGUGAACUCGCUGUUUCCAUCGACUAUAAAGAUUGGCACCACUUCCUCCAACGCCUCCCGCUAAUCCCGCACAUCCGCUCCCUCUAUAUCCCCUUUAUCGCUGACCACCUACACGGCAACAAUAUCGACCCGCGCGAGCUCGCUUAUCAAAUCCUCGACAUUGUGCACCUGCGGCCUGAAAUCGAGCUUUGCUACAUGGGCCUGUCGUCCAAGUGUUUCGAAAUCUUAGAAAAUCGGCCGUCGAACUAUGAUCUUAGGCACGAUGCUGGCACUGGGAAUGGUGCGGGGAUGGGAGGGGGCUAUACGGUCGAGGAUCCCCUGCUGUCCGACGACGAGUCGGAAGCCACCGAGGACGAAGACGAAGACGACUUCGAUGCGCCGGUAGAAGAAGAGGAAAGUGAGGAGAGCGAGAGUGAGGAGCAGGAAGACUUCAGUGAUGAUGAGAGUUUUCUGCAGGACGAGAAAAAGGCGCCUAAGCUGCGUGUGCGGGAGAUUCUGUUUUAUGAGGAGAGGGUUGAGGCGUUUAGACGGAGGCAUGGUGUGCUGAGGCCGUAG